AUGACUGAUGAACAAAAUCGAAUUUUAAGAGUGGUUGAUAAAAAAUACAGCACCUUUUGUACUAAAGAAGCUAUUGAAAGAAAUCCUCUGUAUCUAAGUGAUUUGACGGAACCACAACAAUUUUGGGGUGAUGUAGUUGUUCGUCUAUGUUCCGGUUUUGCCAGUAAAAAACAUCAGUUAGGCUUCUUAGAUUGUAUCUUAAAAACAGGUCUACCUUUCAAUGAAGCGGCAAUAAAACAGAUUAUUAGUUUUCUUUUGGAUUUAUUUCAAAAUAUAUGCGAAUCUCAGUCUUCUUAUGAUGCACAUUACGAUUCUAUGUUGAAUUGUUGUGCUCAACUAAUGGUGUAUUGUCUAACGCAGUCAUGUACUUCUUCUAUUGAUGUGUAUUCAUUAUUCAACCGCAACAUCAUGGAUCAUAUCAAGGAUUUAAUUAUUUAUUCCAAUAGUGUUGAAUGCCUUAUAGGCUGUGCUGUAUUAUUUAUACAUCUUAUCAAAUUGGAAAGGCAACAAAAUUAUUUAACUGAGAUAUUGAAUACUAUAAAUGAAUCAGUAGAUAGUAGCGUUUGUCUGACAAGUGAUUCAGAGAACUUACAGUUUCUUUCCAAGUUAUUCUGUUCAGAUAAACACCGAAGUCAAUUAGCUGUUCUAUUGGCAAUAACUGGUAUCAUGUCUUCAGAUGACUGGUUGGAGAGUUAUAUAAAUUAUGGCAGUCAAAGUGUGUAUAUUUUAUAUGUGGUUGGAUUUACUGUGGAAACAUCAAGUCAACAACAAUAUGAUCGAAAAGAUUCUGUCAUCAAUUUACUUCUAUCUAAACUUGUUUACAAUUGGUCAAAAAAAAAUUUGUCAAGUUCUGUUGUAAGUGAUUCAGGAAAGAACACUGCUCAUCACAGUCAUAUUCCCAUGGAUUCAUUGGUAAUAUUUUGCUUGGAGAUGAGAAGCAAUCCAAUUGAUGCUAUUCGAUAUUCUGCAUUAGAUACAUUUGAAAAUAUUAUAGUGUAUCAUUUAAAUGUGUGUAAUGAAUGUCGUCGACCGCGAUCAGCUUCGGAAACAACAACAACAACAACAACAGCUACCACUACUGGUGAUUGUAAACCAAAAAUAUCCUGUGAUUACUUGAAUGAGAUAUUCAGUCGGAUAGUAUGUGAUACAUGUUACAGUCGUGGGACAAUCGCUGUGCUAACUUCCCUUGUACGGUGUAUAUUUAAAAAAAGUCAUUAUAAAAUAAUCGAUUUGCUGCAUACUUUGUCUUCAGUAUUCGGUACAUCAGGUCGUGAUGUAUGUGAACAAGUUGUAUCUGGAUUGAUGAAAAUGGCGAAUGAUCCUAAUUUGGCAUCGUCUAUUUCAGAACUGUACACAUUAAUUGCUCAAAAAAUAUUUACUGAAAAGGAAUUAUCAAAGAAGCCUUUGAAAUCAUCUUUUCCUGAUACCCUUCUUCACCAAUCUGAUCCAUCAUACCAGUGUACUUUUAAUCAGAUUUCAGAAGCUCAAAGAUCAGCUGUUGGUCAAGAAGUCAAUACUGAUUAUGACUCAUUAAUGAAUUCUUGGUUAACGUGUUUAGUUAAUACCUUAAUUCAUCAAUCGAAUCCAACAUUUCAUUCUACUGUCAACCAGAAUAUUUUACCAGAUUUAAUGAAAGCGAACCACAAAUUAUUGGAGUUACUUGUACAGAGUUGUAACAUUGAAUUAGUUCAUGAAGAUGUUCACUUGUCUAUGUUCCUGUUAACAUGCUAUCGUCUUCUGUCUUCAAAUCGUGUUAAAACAGACGUUCGUAAAUAUUUCUCGUUAGAUUUUCUCAAAUCUUGUCUUGGUGCAUAUGAUGAUCAGCUUCGACUUACCGCUUUAAAUGUUUUAGUAGGUCUGAUUACUAAAACAAAAGAGUUGGAGGGAGUCAAUGAAAAACUGUUAUUAUUUUUAGACUAUCUCAGUCAUGAUUUAUGGCCAAGUUCAAAGCAUUUUCAAUGUCAAAUUGUUUGUGCUAUUCAAGAUAUUCUAAUGCAUUUACUCACUUCUAUGAAACGUGGAGUAAUUAAAACUGGCUCGGAUUCUCAGGCUAUUGAUGUCGAAAUGUUUAGCACUAGAUUGGCGAACAUUUUAUUGGGUUCUAUUUAUCCUGGAUCACCGCCAUCACGUUUGUCUUUAGCCCUGGCUGGAUUGCAUACGUUUGUUAACUGCUACUAUUCCGUGUAUCAUACUGAUACAGAUUCAGAGUUUAUGAUUCAGAUUUUGAAAUGUUUAAAUAUGGCGAUGAUAAAUUUAUUCCCUAUUAUUAUUAUCAGUAGUAGUAGUAGUAAUAAUGGAAGUGAUGUAUGCGGUGAAAAUGAAUUCAGUCCUACUAUUGUCCAUUUAUAUUCCCUUCUGUUAAUUGGUUUAUUCAGUCGAUAUGAUGUUGAUAGAGAUUAUGCAAUGAAAAUACUUUUCAGGCUGAAGUUAUCAAAGUAUAUUAAUCCUGAGCACAUAAUGCACUUGUGGAACAAUACACUAACUCUGUAUACACAAAGCUCAAGACCUGAUAUCAGUCCUGUUGGUAGUGAUGUAUUACGUUAUCUGGUAUAUGAAAGUUUUUCAUUCCCUGUCAUAUCAACGUGUGGAUAUUUUAUUGACAUUGAGAAGAAGAACAAGGAUACUUCACUUUAUCAACUGAAUAGUAGUCAAUCUACAGAUGAUAAAGCAAUUAGUGCAAUUUUCUACUUGUUAGAUGUUCUUGAAGAACAAAUUGAAGCUUGUGAACGUCGUCCAAAUCUAUCAAUUAUGGCUGUUGUAUCUAGUCGACCAUUUUAUGCUAUGCUUAAUGCUAUACGUUCUGUUCUCGGUGUUAUGCCAUCUUCAUCGGAGAGUCAGAAGAGUAAAGAUGAAGUGAAGAGUACUCUCUGUGAUGAGGAAUAUCUAAUGAUGAAGACGUGUUUACAGAGAAGUACCUUGUUUAGAAAAGUCAAUGGAAAGUGUAUUCUACAGCGUAUUAUCUUCUUAGGUAUUCGUAUUUCCGAAAUCGUCCUACCGAUUGUUGGACAUGAAUCACCUGAAGGUAUUCUUCUUCAACCAGAUUGUAUGAAUGACAAUAAUAAUGUUAAUGAGGAAGAAUAUUCUAACAGUUUAGACGAUGAUGAUGAAUCCAAUGUAUACAAAAAGACAUUAAAAAAUCCAGAAUAUCUUAUUCUGUGCUGUUGGCGUUCUGUUCGUGAAUUAUCUUUACUUAUGGGUGUAUCACUUGUAUCGUAUUGUGAUUUCAGUGAAACUGAAACUGAGCCUUCUGGUGACGACUAUCGAAUGAAACCGAGUGAGAUCUUCCAGAUUUGUCAUUUCUUCUGCACUCAGUUGCUACGUUGUCGUCAUCGUGGAGCCUUUGAAAUGUGUGCUAAUGGAUUCACUAAUUUUUGUAGUGCACUUGUAAAGCAUCCAAAAUAUCGUGGAAUCCCACUGAAUUGGCUUAAUACAAUUACUGGUCAAAAACUUUUGAAUAAUGAAGAUUCGUCAAAAAAUUCGAGUAUAGUAGGCGGUAUAGAUUUUUCAUUAAAUGCUUGUAUGGGUGAACAUGAUAUUGUUAAAUGUGUCACUCGUCGUGGGGCUGGUUGUCCCCUAUUCAUUCAGGCAAUCUUAAGUGCAGAGUUAGCUCAUGAUUCCAAUGGGUUAACAGUAUUUGCUGAUACAUUACAUUGUUUUCUUACUGCAGUUAGGUCACCACUUUCUGAACCUGUCGGACUAUGCCAAUCGGAGGAUGAAUUGGCUACAUGCGUUCUUAAUUUGAAUAUUAUUCGAGGAAUAUUCCAAUCAGCGAAUUUCAACUGUCAUACAAUUAAAUAUGUUGAAAAGGCAUUGAUCAUUGCUUUAGAUGGUCUAGGAUGUAAACAUCUCUCAAUUCGAAAUGCAUCUAUGCUUUUCUUCAGUACUCUAAUUCAACGUAUUUUUGGUGUGACACGAUCGAAAGCAAUUAAAAGUCGUAAAAAUUGCUUAUCAACUUCGACAUUCUUUAAACAUUAUCCGAAAUUUCAACAAUAUUUGAUUGAUGCACUCACUUGGUAUUUAAACAAUACACGUGUUCUUCCACAUGUAUGCCGUUUCAAAUUGUACAGUCUGCUUUAUUUGAUGACACAUCUUCUGCCUCCUUCUCAAGUGACAGAUGUCGAUAAAGUGUUAUACAAACUGCUUAUUCGUUGUUCUUAUUAUCCUGAUAUUCGUAUACGUAAAGUGGCAUCAUCCGCAUUGACGUCAAUUAUCCAUCCAAGUUAUUCGUUAUCACCAACAACAAGAAAAACUGAUCGAUCGAAUAUACUUCAUAGUCUACUGUUACAGCUAUACGCAUUGUUAUACUCAACUAUGGAGAUACACAAUUCACCUGUAUACCUUUCACCAUCUGCUUAUAUUUCCAACACAGAAUAUACAUCGAUUAUUGAUCGUUUAAUAAAAUCAUUCUCUUGGUUGAAUAACGCAAAUAUUGUUAAAUGUCCAUUGAUAAGACUAUUGUAUCUGAAAACACUUAGUCCUUACUAUUAUAAUCAUCAAUUGACUCCUGUCAAAUCAAUUUCAUCCUUAAACAGUUUAGAAUAUGAGUAUACUGAAGGAAAUGUAAACGCUUUGAUUGAUUAUGCAAUAUGCCAAGGAAAGAAUAAUAUUCAAGUUCAUAAAGAAGUUGAACAGUUACUAAAGUCAUUGAAUGAUAUCAGUCUGCUUACCUCAGCCUUACGUCGAAUUAGUUUAUAUUUAUGCUCAAAAGUUGGUGACCCAAAUGAUUGUAGUAUGAAUUUGGAGAACAUUAAUGCGAUGGUUCAAUGUGGAACACAGCCUAAUACAGAAGUAUUGAAGAUAACUGAAAAUCUGUUCACUAUCCAAACAUUGUUAGGCAUUUAUUACCAUCAAAGUGUUUGUAAUGAUAAUACUAGUAGUAAUAAUAAUAACUAUAUACUUACGGAAUUGAAAUCCAUGUACAAAGCUGAAUUCACACGUUACUUUUAUGCACUACUCACAAUACUUAUUCAUUCAACCAAUACUACUACGACUACUGCUUCAUCAGUGGACUAUAUUCACAAAUUAUUAGAUCCAGAUUAUCAACGUUUACUGUCUAUUGCAGAUCCAAAUUCACUAAUCACUCGAGGAAAUCCUGAAGUCAGUUUUACAGCCAUACAACUUUAUUCCUAUGUCAACUUAAUACAUAUCACUGAUGAUAAACAGAGAAAGAAUGAUAAUGGCGUGAUACAAAACUCGUCUUUGACGGAUCAUCGCUGUGAUGAUCCAUUUAGUCUAUUGUGUAGAUUAUGCAAUUCACGUUUUAGUCAUAGCGUUCGUGAAAAACUUAAUCCAACUGGAGAAGAAGAAGACGAAGAAUUGAAUUAUGCAGCCUUAUAUUCACUCUGUUUAUUGGAUAUGCAGAGAUUGGUUGCAUUCACCUCACAGAACAGUGGAAAUACUGAUGAAAGAGAAACUCUAAUUGCUGAAGUAUUUAUUACAUUAAUCAAAAAUCUGGUUAAACCGGUCAGUAUGAAGUUGGAAAAAUUGGCCUGUGGAAUUACACAGAAUUUACUAGUUUCUUCAAAUACACAAUCUAAAUGUGUAUUGCAAUCACCGUUUGUCUUAUUACCUCGGUUGAUAGACUUUUUACUCAAAUUUAACUCAAAGGUGUUUUACAAGCGUUUACUACGUUUCACUGAAGAACAGUUAGUUACUAAGAUGAUCUCUAAGAGAGGUGAAUGUACGCGCAUGCCUAUAGUUCAACAGACAACAUUUGAAGAAGAGUAUGACACAGUGGAGUUAAUCAAAAUUCUAUUCAGGAGCUUUUCAAAAUCAUCAAAGUCUGUUGAAAAUAAUAAUAAUAAUAACAAUAAUAAUAAUAUAAGUGUAGAUAUUAAACGACAUGACUCUUUACUUCACAUGAUGAAUUCUUCCAUUGAUGAAGUAUUCUGUUGUAAUGAAAUUGAACUCAAUGAACUCUAUGAUCUUUCCAUGUGUAAACCUGAUACUUUGACUACUCUUUACUUAAAUAGGUAUAUUAUGAAUUGUCGUACCAGAUGUUUUUAA